UUUGUUAAAUAAACAGUCCCGUUGAAUCCAGACCAGCAAAAAGUGAAUUAUAUGUCACGAUAACAUAUACGACAUGGUAAAAGCUAGAUGAGAUAAUCAUAGACACACAAAUUCAUCAGAAAAUGGCAAAUGAAACAUGGUUCCUCCGGGCCGAAAGCAUUUCCUUCCUUGUAGUCAAGUGUUUGUGUUGUGUCCAUUGAUCUGAUGAAAAUGAAAAAGGCGUCUAUGUGAAAGAUCUUUUUUCGGGCUUUUAUAGCUUCAGAUUAGGAAAUCGCGUAACACAAACUUAAAAUGGCAGAGUUAGAGGAUGAGUUGAUUGGAGAAGAUUUAGAUUAUGAGUAUGAUCUGGAUGAGGAGGAAGAAGAAGCCCUCCUGGCUGGUGAAACACAAGAGGUUGAAGAAGAUAUAAUUGAGUUACGUGUGGAGGAUGAGUUUGAAGAUGAUGAUGGUCAGAUGGGCAUGUCUCACUCCUCUAAUGUUCAUUCAUUACAGACAUCAGAUGCUGUAUAUGAAAGGGAUAUUGAGGAUAACUAUAAUGAUAAUUCCCUGAAUGAUGAGUCCCUUAACAUAGAAACCCAAAAUAUUUUAGAAGAGGAGGAGGAAGAAGAAGAGGAGGAGGAGGAGGAAGAUGAGGAAGGAAGGAGCCGUGACCGUUUCAAGAGUGAAAGGUCCAAGAUAUCAUUGUCAAAUACAACUGUGGAGCGAACCAUUCCAGACUCUCUAGACAAAGUAAAAGUGGAGAAGACAGAUGUCAUUGACCAUUCUCGAGGACGUGGUGGUUUUCGGGGCUGUGGCCGGGACAGAGGACGAGGUGGGGGACGAGGUGGCCAAAUGGGGGGAUGGCAGAGAGGGGGACCAAGAGGUGGCCACCGGGGUGGCCACCGAGGUGGACCCAGAGGCUUGAUGUCCCAGCCAGGAAACAGUGGAUGGGGAGGCCCUAGAUUCCAGAUCCAGCCAUGGGAGCGUCCACCCCUGUUAAUGAAUCCUCAGAUGCGACCAGGCAUACGACAGGGUGUUCCCAACAUGCAGAUGCAAAGGGGUGGCCCUCCUAAUAUGGGUCGUCCACAGUUGCCUCUGGUGUCCUUACCUGGGGGAAUGCCAGACAGGCCUAAUGCACUCUUGGGCAAUCCCCCUAAUGUUGGAGGGUUCCCACGUCUUCCGCUGGGAAAUGUAGGUUUGGUUAGUUCACUGAAUAGGUUUUGUUUUUAGUAACUAAUAAUUAGA